AUGGCAUCCAUGGUCCUCCCAACCUCCCUCCAAAAGAGCCUCGACGAAACCAAAGUUGACUACGUCAACCUCGGCUCUUCAGGACUCCAAAUAUCCGUCCCCAUCCUCGGGGCAAUGUCCUUUGGCUCCAAACAAUGGAGUCCCUGGCUCCUCGAAGAGGAGGAAGCCAUUAAGGUUCUCGCUGCUGCCUAUGAGCGCGGAAUCAACACCUGGGACACGGCGAAUAUGUAUGGCAAUGGCCAAUCGGAAGAGAUCCUUGGAAAGGCCAUCAAAGCCCUGAAGAUUCCGAGGCAAAAGGUUGUGAUUAUGACUAAAUGUGCUAUCUAUGUUGGCGAAGAUUUGACGGUUGUCGGGCCGGCGCAUGGACAGUUCAUGAAGAAGAGUAAGCAGUAUGUUAAUCAGGGAGGCCUCUCGCGCGCAUCAAUCUUUAAUCAAGUUGAAGCCUCGCUCGCUCGCUUGGACACUGAUUACAUCGACGUCCUUCAAAUCCAUCGCUAUGAUCCCUCCACACCCCCCGAGGAGACCAUGAAAGCUCUUCACGAUCUCGUUCAAGCAGGGAAAGUUCGCUAUCUCGGCGCAAGUUCCAUGUGGGCCUACCAGUUCGCAAACUUGCAGCACAUAGCCGAGAAAAAUGGCUGGACAAAGUUCAUCUCAAUGCAGAACUACUACAAUCUCUGCUACCGUGAGGAAGAGCGUGAGAUGACUCGGUUCUGUAAGGAGACGGGUGUCGGUAUCAUCCCCUGGUCACCGUUGUUUGGUGGCGUUUUGGCUCGACCUGUGGGUGUGAAGGAAUCGAUUCGAUCCCAAACGCCGUCACCAAUGGGUUCUGCGUUCACAGAGGCAGAUGAGGAGGUUGUCAAGCGAGUGGAGCAGUUGGCAAAAGAGAAAGGUUGGAAGAUGGUUCAUGUAGCGUUGGUCUGGUUGAGAAGCAAAGGUGCUGUGCCGGUUGUUGGCGCUACUUCUGUUGAGAAGUUGGAAGAUGCUGCUAAUAUUCGAGGGAAGUCGUUGACGGAGAAGGAGAUUGAGUUUUUGGAGGAGCCAUAUGUUCCCAAGCGUAUUGCUGGACAUUUUUGA